UACUUUGCUAAUUCUGAGCUGAGCCUCUCGCUGAUCGAUCUGGGAAGAGGCUCAUGUGUUAGUGGAGUGUGUGGCCUGACUGGGGAGCCUGAAGGCGGGGCGGGGCGGGGGGCAGGAGGCGACAGGAGAGACAGGACGAAUGGAUGUUUUGCAUGAGUGAUGUAACCAGAAGCAAAAUAUAGCCGCCGCGUUAGCCUCGGCUGCCUCGUCCCCAAGAUGGCCACGCUCAUUCGGCCGGGGAACCUCAGAAACCCUGAAGUAGCUGACCUGUUUGAGCGUGAGGAUCCAGAGAGACUCUUUGAUGACCUACGGGAAAUUGGCCAUGGAAGUUUUGGAGCAGUGUACUAUGCUCGGCAUGUUGCCAAAAAAGAGGUGGUUGCUAUCAAGAAAAUGUCAUAUAAUGGUAAACAAAGUGCUGACAAAUGGCAAGACAUCCUGAAGGAAAUAAGAUUCUUACGUAGCCUCCGCCACCCAAACACAGUCACCUACAUAGGAUGUUAUCUUAAAGAGUCAACAGUCUGGCUGGUAAUGGAAUAUUGUCUGGGAUCAGCAUCAGACAUUAUAGAAGUUCAUCGACAGCCUUUGCGAGAAGAAGAAAUCAGUGCCAUCUGUGAAGGCUGUCUACAAGGCCUCUCCUAUCUACACUCAUUAGGAAAAAUUCAUAGAGAUGUUAAAGCUGGUAAUAUUCUCUUGACUGAAAAUGGGACAGUGAAACUUGCUGAUUUUGGAAGUGCAAGUAUAACAUCACCUGCCAAUAGUUUUGUUGGGACUCCAUACUGGAUGGCUCCUGAGGUUAUAUUGGCCAUGGAUGAAGGACAGUAUGAUGGGAAGGUGGAUGUAUGGUCCUUGGGCAUCACAUGCAUAGAACUGGCUGAGCGCAAACCACCCUACUUCAACAUGAAUGCCAUGAGUGCCUUGUACCAUAUUGCCCAGAAUGAUGCCCCCAAAAUGCAAGCCCCUGAUUGGUCCAAAGACUUUCAGCACUUUGUUGAAGCUUGCCUCCAGAAAUCACCACCAGAUCGACCCACUUCAGCAAGGCUUCUCAAUCAUGAGUUUAUCUUGAGACACCGGUCAGCAACACACAUCAUCCUGGAUCUAAUCACUCGGACAAAGAAAGCAGUUCGUGAGUUUGAUAACCUAAACUAUCGAAAAAUGAAGAAAAUCCUCCUGUAUGAAACAGAAAGCCAGCAGGGGGAUGUAGAAGACUCCACAGAGGAGGACCCGGCGGGGGGCGACAGCAGCAAGAGCAACAGCAUCACAUCAGAGAAGUCGGUCAUAUCAGCUGGGGUCAGUCAGUCGUCCCAGUCGCAGUCAUCUUCCACCAACUCCCUCCACCAUCACCAUCUGCUUCAUCAACCACCACAUUCAUAUCAGACACCAUCUCCACCCUUGCUACAGCCAUCACACUCACCAUACAUUGCCCCUCCAGUGCCACCACAUCACCAUCAUCCUUCACAUCUUCCAUCGCAUUACUCACCACAGUCACCACAUCAUGGACUUGUAUAUCAGCAUCAGCCUCCUUCAUCACUCUCACCUUCACCUUCAUCAUCAUCACUGCACCAAGCAGAGCUAGGUAUCCCAAAUAACAACCACCAUCCAUUAACACCCUCUUCACCACUCAUUGACUCCUGUAGCAUUACCUCCAUUACUAGUACCAAUGCAACAUCCUCCACCACCCCAACCCUUCUCCUUCAGCCUCCGGGGCAGAAUGCUCCCUCCACCACUACAAACAACAACGCCACCAACAACGUGUCUACUACUGUCAAGUCGCGCCGAGGAAGGCCUUGUGGAAACCCUGGAGAAGCAAGCACCAGCAAUUUUGCCACAAUCAAGACUACGUCCAUUGUCAGCAGGCAGCAGAAGGAACAUCUCCAAGAGGACAUGCAUGCAGCUUUGUCGGGAUACAAACGCAUGCGUCAGGAGCACCAGCGGGCACUUGUCAAGCUUGAAGAGAGGUGCCGUGUUGAUAUGGAGAACCACAAGCAUGUACUGGAUAAGGAAUAUGAAGCUUUACUCACUCAAUUCAGCAAAGAACUGGAAAAAUUGCGACAAAAGCAUGAAAAAGAGCAAGAAAAGAAACGAGAAACAUGUUCAGUAGCAGAGAAAAACCUUCAUAAAGAAAUUAGUAAUAGACAUUCUAAUGCGCACAAGCAAUUCCUGUCACAGUACAAGAAACAGUACAAGGAAAACAUAGAAAAAUGGAAGAAGGAGCUCUCACAAGAUCCUAAUACUCCUAAAAAACAGAGAGAAUCUCUGCUUCAGUCCCAAAAAGAAUAUCUGAAAGCCUCAGAGCGACAGGAAGAGCAAAAACUAUUUCAGCAACAAGAUGAAUACCUCCAGUUAGAAAUGAGGAAAUUCCGUCGAAGAGGGCUACUGGCAUACUACCUAAAAGAGCAGUCUCUACUUAAGGAAGAACUCACCAAGAGAGAGCAGCAGUUGGAAGCAGCUCAUUCAAUGCUAUUGAGGCAUCAUCAGCAGACACAAGAUCUAGAGUACAGGCAGCAGAGGACUAUACAUGCUUUGAAGGAAGAACAAAUGAACAAACAGCAUCAAUCUGAAUUAGGUAGUCAACAUGAGUACAUAAAGAGAGUGGAGAGGGAUCUUCGUAAAAAGCAUGCUCUCCAACAGAAGCAACAACCAAAGAGUCUGAAGCAAAAAGAAAUUGAAAUACGUCGUCAGUUCCGGGAUACCAUUAAUAUACAGCGUCAACAAUAUAAAGAAUAUAAAACUCAGAUUCUUGCCAAAACACCUAAAGAAGAUCAACGAGCAAUUAUCAAGAGGUUAAAGGACGAUCAGCGUCGGAAGUUGGCCAUGCUUGGAGAGCAGUAUGAGCAAUCCAUUGCGGAGAUGCUACAGAGGCAGUCCCUUCGGUUGGAUGAAAGUCAGGUUGUUGAGCAGCAACAAGUCUCAGAUAAGCUCCAAAGAGAACUAGAAAUGUUAUCUGAAUAUCAGACUCGAAAUCGUCAGCAGGCCGAAGCACAGCGUAAUCGUGAAAAGAGAGAGCUUGAUGAGAGGGUAGCAAUGAGGAGAACCUUAUUGCAUGACAAGAUGACAGAGGAGGUGGCUCGAUUUAAGCAUGAACGUCAGGAGCGAGUGAGGUUGAUGAAGGAAAAGCAUGCAAGGGAGAUGGAAGAUUUUGAUAACGAAUCCCAGCGGUAUGGUUUUAGUACCCUUCAACUUGUGGAAUCAUCAACCGAGCGAUGGCCGGACGAAUUCUGUGUGACUGCAUCCAUGCUUUCCUUAUCCCUCCAGCAUUUUGAGUAACUGGUUGAUUUUUAGCUAGUGUAGGAACUUGAAAAUAUUUGACAAGUUGUUCUUAUAGGCUGUAUUAUUUUCCAGGUAUGAAUAUAAAUUUGAAACUUUU